UAACAGAAGGGGGUCAUGCAUAAUUCGAAACCAAGAUUGAAAAACAGAGAGAAGAAGAAGAAGAGAGAAGACGGAGGAGGUGAAAGAGCAAAUCCAAUGGCAUCGUUUCUUCUCUUUCUACUCUCUCUCCUCUCCGUACCGGCCCAUCUCUCUCUAGGGCACAUAACAAGUAGAGAGAGAGAAGGAGGGCGUCGGCUUCUUAUGAGUUUCAAGGAGACGCCUUCAGGUGGGAACGCGACUUUCGAUUGCUCUCCUUCUGGACCAUGCGUUGCCUGUCUUUACUCCGAAAAGAAGGAUGAAAAAUAUCGGUGCAGUGAAACUGGCUAUCGUAUCCCUCUGAAGUGUGAAGAAACUGGGGCUAGUUCGAAUAAAGCCAACAGCGAAACAGCUCAGAAGGGUCGUUUACUUUCUGAUGUAUCCACAUCAGUGAGUGGGUCCCAGGCUUAUAUCACAUAUAGGAGCUGCAUACCGGCUGUUAAUGAAGAGAAGUUGUCAGUACUUGGUUUUGAGGGUAUUAUGUUGGGGAUGUUGUUCAUAAGCAGUUCAGUCAUUUACAUCAAACGAAAACGCAGCGGUGCCCCACCGGGAUCUGUGAGAAUUCCUACCAGCUCCCGGUUUUAACUCGCUUUUACCUUAGCAUUUGAGGUUUGUCCUCAUGAUUGUCAGGAUUAGUGGCAUGAUUGAUUUUUGUUGUAAAUGGAAGACCAAAAGAGUUCUCCAUCUUUGUUUGGCUCUUCCCUUACUCUCUAUCUCAACAUGUGUAUUUAAUGACCUUUUCCCUCUCGGGUUUCAGUUUUUAGUUCAUAUUACGCACCGAAAUGGCAGAAAUGAAAUGAUAUCAAAAUUCAUUCUCAAA